AUGGCACAGAAAUUACCCGUAGACCGGGAAUCCCUUCAUCAAGAAGAUUAUAACGGUCAUGAACUGCGUGGUAUUGAAAAACAAAAUUUGGAAAGGAAGAGUGACUUACUUAUUGAGGCAGAAAUGGAAAACGCGGCAGUGAUUGAUCCUGACGCGGUGAAUAGCGAUAAGGAUAAUUUAUCAAAGGAUCUUUUAUGUCGCCAAGCUUCGAAGGCUUCAACUUCGAGUUCUCGACGGAGGUCAAAGGACGAUGAUCAUGUAACCAAUUGGGAAGAAUAUGUGGUACGACUUAGAGAAGAGCCAAACCCGUGUAAAACAGUUCAGCGUCUUAUUACUUUUGCGGAUCAUAUUCUUGCCGGUCAAAACACUUCUGAGGACGGUCAACAAAUAAUUUAUGCACUAAACAGAGAAUGGUUACCGAAAUAUGCAAUUGUGUUAUUGAACAGGGGGUAUCCGGCAGUAUCUUCUUCACAAGGAAAUUAUAUGGCUAAUAUUAUUAAUCAGUAUUUAUCUAAGGUUCUUGAAAUUGCUAUCCGUCUUAUUGAAGAACCCGAAAAUAUUAAUCAUAUUGGUGAAGAAUUUCCUCUUUCUGAAAUUAUGCAAGACGCUGUAGCUCGUAUCUUGGGAGAUGAAAAUGCAUCGUUUUAUCGUCGAUUUGACGGCCGAUUCGAAUCCAGACGGUUAGAUGUGGGAGUCAAUCCCUCCAUGAUGGGAAUAGUAGGUGGUGCGGCAGAUACCGUCGAAUAUGAUGAUAGUACAAGUGAUAUCAUAGCAAUGGAACAGUUGGAACCACGUAUAUCCCAGUACCAAUAUGAAGCCAUCCAGUCGUUCGUCAGCAAAGGUGGAUUAGACGCCGUACUUCGAGCACUUGGUUAUGUCGAAGAAUCUCACCAACAACGAAACAACGCGUAUCUUUUUAAUAACCUCGACUUAAAGGAUGUCCAUGGUUUAAUACGAAUGGUUCAUAAGGCAGUUCGUAAUGAAAAUAGCUCAAUGUGUUCAAGAACAAAUUGCAAAUAUUCCGGAAGAAUUUCUUAUUCGGCAGGAAAAAAAGAUAAUCCCAAAUAUUGUGCAUAUGGUUACGUCCAUGAUUCUAAACUUACCUUCGUCUGUUUCCGGGACUAUAAGAGAUAUAGAAAGGAAUUAUCAUUCCAUGUUAGUUCUCAGUUGAAAAUUGAUAUUGCUGCUCGACUUUUGAAGACCUCAAGAUUGGACUUGAGGUUGACCGGGUUGAACGAAAUAAAGGAAGCCCUUAUUUUAGGACUUAAGCAAGCAAGGGUUCUUAAAAAAAGUAGACGUAGGGGAAAUACCCGGAAGCGAAGUUUAAGCGUGGAUGGUGAUGAUGAUGCCAUUCAAGUAGACGAAGAGAAUCCUGCUGAUAAAAUUCAUCGUAUAUUAAAUGAAAAAUUACGAGAACAUGGCAUUCUUGAAUACAUAUUUGGAUCAAAUAUUCAUCUGGAAAUUAUUCAACGCAGUACUGACAUUCUAACAUUCCUUAUACACACUCGAUCAUUAACUUCACGUGAGCUGGAUGUAAUUUGGGCUCCCGUUGAUGGAAACCAACAUCGUAGCAUUGUUCACGGUGUUUGUCAAGUAUUGAUCGACAUUUCCGAACAUCUUGAUCAGCAACAAAGGGAUUAUCUGUUUCAAAAAUUGAUGAAGAUGCCAAUGAGCUUUAUAGAGACCCAGACUUUUACAUUAGUAAAAACAUUAGUGCAAUCCACCAUGGAUAGUGUAAGGUCGAAUGGUGCGAGCACUAAUUAUAUAUCUUUUGAAGCUCAUCGUUUGCUUUGGCGUAUACUCUGUGAUUCGUCUAUUCCCAUACCAGUUUUAAUGAAUGCUGAAAUACUCUCACCGACUUCUCCUGGAUCAACUACUGCGAGCUCGGGGAUAGACCAGGAAAUCGCCCAAGCAGCAUGUCAGGAAUUAACAAACUUGUUGCAGAGUGACACUCACGUUGAAGAUAGAAAUAAAUUACUCGUUAUGUGCAUCGAGUGUUUGAAGAGACAUGACCCCGGCACAAUGUGGGCACUAAGGAUUUUGACAAGGAUUAUUUCACCACCCUUCCAAACCCAACCUUUGAGCACUGCCAAUUACCUUCAGCAUCUCAUAUCAACCUAUAAUUUACCGCAAUUGUUUUUGGACGAUUUGGAACACUGGACAAAAACGGUAAAAAGUUUUGCAGAAAGAUCUGGAAAUUUUGUAAGCAUGGAUCUUGACCGGUCGGCACCAACAUUUGGAUCGUCGAUUUUAAUUAACCUACCUCCGUCGAGAGUAGCUUUGCUGAGGGAUCAACUAAUUUCGCGAUUGCAAUUUUUACAAUGGGUGGCAAAUCACGAAUCGAUUACAUUUUUUACUUCUACAGCUCAGACUGAUGUUAUUUGGAAAUGUCUGGUUGCCGAUCCGAUUGGAAAACAAGAACAGGACGAAGCGUUUUCAUACUUGGAUAACAUAAUAGAAUAUGAUCAUUUUAUAAGUCAUUUCUUUAACAAUCGACUUCCCAGAUUGGACGUUAGUCAUUUUUCCGAUCAAGCUUUUAAAUAUGCCAAGAAUUGUCUGCUCAAAGUUAACACGAAGAAUUCACGAUUGCGCUCAACUUCACCGAGCACCCAAUCACAAUCUCCGUUGAGCAUACUUGUACAAGGUGAUCUCAUUGGUAUUGAUCUCAUCUGGGAUAUAGCAUUACGAGCAGAAGAGGAGGCAGUCGGAAAGGAAGCUAUUGUCUUUUUAGUGUAUUUACACUUGAAUACUGAUAAGAAGCAAGAAAAUUACAGCAUAUUAGCGCGAAAACAUCGUGAAUUAUUAGUAGAUAAAUGCGUGUCUUACCUGUUCGGGGCAGCAAAUGGAUUAUCUCAUUCCUUGGAUUUUGCCGAGAUGAAAACACCACCCUCUGAAGAAUUGGCUGCUGAUGCUUUGAAAUUUAAGAGAUGCUUACAAGUUCUAAAAUCGUUUAUGGAUCAAUUCGAUACAAAAUAUAGUAAUUGUCAAUUGGAAAAACGACCUAUAAGACGUCAUGGAAUGUUAAAUGACGCUGAAUGGAUUACCGUCAAGGUCAAUGUGACAAAUAUGGGAGCAUCCCGUAGCUUUGAAUUACAAAUUCAUCCGUUGGAAAAUCUCCUUUCACUGCGCCAAAAAAUAGCAUCUCGUAUUGGUGUUUCACGCCCUGGAAGUAUUCGCUUAAUUACCUCGGGUAAAGAACUGUUCAAUGAAUCUAACACGAUGUCAUUAAAAAAAUUAAAAAUAACCGACCGACAAGUAUUUAUGGUGAUGAAACGCCCAACGGAUGGAAAAAGUACACAGGAUUCGGAUAAAAUGGAAUCUCCUAUAGACGAAGAGAUAACAGAGUCUGAUCUACCAGUUAAUAUGCUUUCCAAGCAUAUAGAUCGAUUUUUUUCCUUGUUGGAAUUAGAUGAAUCUUAUUCAUCUCAGAUUUGGGAUCUUCUCAUGAGACUCCCUACAAAUUCACGUUCAUUGGACACAUUAAAGUCACUAGAUUCUUCUUUGCAUUGGGAGGAUAUUCUCGUCUCACGUUCCCCUUUUAGGUUAUUGUAUGCUCUUCAAAUUAUCGAUUGGCUCUUAAGAGGUGGCGACGAGUUUAACGACGGUGAUGAGUGGUCCAAGCGUUUUGUGAAAAGUGGAGGAUUGGAAUAUUUACUAUCAUUGCUGAUACAAGAUUCGUCUGCCAAUAAUAUUAAGACUAUUAUAGAGGGAUAUCAAAAUAGUGUGACAAAACGAGCUUGUCUUGGCUUGUUGUUAAAAAUUAUUAGUUUCCUUGCAGUUGACAAUUCGCCUGUUAAUGUUGACGUCUUUAAACGUUUCGAAUCCCAAGCUUUGGUUGAAAAAUUGAUUGAAAUAGUUAGAAAAUGUGUUGAUCCUUCUCAGAAGCAAGUCAACGAGGAUCUUACAAUCAUUCGUCAUUCAAUGAAACUUUUGACUUGCUUGUGUUUACGCGAUGAAUCUGCGCUUUCAAGUUUUAUCGGUUACCCAAAUCUGCACGAUUGGCUAAUUUCAUCGUUGGUCCGAUGUCAACUGGAAGAUGCAAGGAUCCUUUUGGCGAACAUUAUAAUUAAAUUUUGCCAAGAUAUUGCAAACAACGCGCCAUCAAACGGAAUUUCAGAUGAGAUACCUCCUAUGCUUGAAUCAUUUCUUGCAAUACUGUGGUCAUUUUUGCCUGAAGUUGAGGAGUACGUAGAUUCCAGCAAAGAAUACUUCGAUUUGAUGGGACAAUUAAUGCCAUAUAUCACGAAUUCUAAGAAUAUGAGUUUAUCUGUAAUAUAUAAUAACUUAAAACAACAAAUCAAACAACAUCCCAUCAAAGAGCAAUUUAAUUCUUUAAAUGAAGACACUGUCAUCGUUGGCUUAACGCAAUUAAUGAAAAUCAUUGUUUCAGGAUAUCCAGAAUUCAAGCGCCUUCCUAAUGAUAUGUUGCUUGAACUAAUCUUUCAUGACUGCUUGUUUCAAGUUUCAACUGUUGAUCACGCUGGCUCUAUCCUUCCGCCAAAAUGCAAACUGGAUAACUCACGGAAUGCUUCGUUUGAACUUUUAAAUGAACUUGUUAAAGAUUGCCCAGAAAAUUUCUUUCGCAUAAGCGAACUUUAUCUCAAGCAAUUAGACCGGGGCGAACAGUUGAAUGAUAAUUGGAAUUAUUGUCCCAAAACUUGUCAAAAAUCUUCGGCGGGUUAUGUCGGAUUACAAAAUUUGGGCGCUACAUGUUAUGUUAAUUCGAUUGUACAACAGUUUUACAUGAAUUCCUCUUUUCGAAAAAGUCUUUUUGAUGCACCCGUUCUUGAUGAUAAUAAAGAUGAGAGCCUUCUCUACCAACUUCAAGUGGUAUUUGGUCAUCUGCAAGAAAGUGAAAAGAAGGCUUAUGAGGCAACUCAAUUCUGUCACGCAUAUAGAGACUAUGAUGGUCAACCGUUAAACGUGGCGCUUCAGAUGGACGUCGACGAGUAUUUUAAUGGACUCUUCGACCGGUUAGAAAGCAGUGUAUCAGGCACUUCUCAGGCGAUGCUUCUGAAGGAACACUUUGGUGGAACCCUAGUCCAACAAAUAAAGUCACGGGAUUGCGGGCAUAUAUCGGAGAAGGAAGAAUCGUUUUUUGCUAUUCAGUGUGAAGUGAAAAAUAAGAGGAAUGUAGAAGAAAGUCUGGAGUUAUAUGUCGAGGGUGAAUUACUUGAUGGAGACAAUCAAUACUUCUGCGCCAAAUGUGAAAAAUCCGUUGAUGCUAUCAAAAGGUCUUGCAUCAAAACACUUCCCAAAAAUUUAAUAAUGCAUUUGAAACGUUUUGAUUUCGAUAUGGAGUUACUAAAACGCGUCAAGAUUAACGAAUAUUUUGAAUUCCCGACACGUAUCAAUAUGGAGCCCUAUACUUUGGAUUAUCUGAUAAGAAAAGAGUCCGGUCAAAUCGACGAUAGCAAAAUAGAUGAUAAAUCCCAAUUCGAAUACGAGCUUGUUGGGGUUCUUGUUCAUACAGGAACAGCUGACUCGGGUCAUUAUUAUUCAUUCAUCCGAGAAAGAAAGCCGCUCUACGAGGAUAUCAAUGAAUGUCGUUGGUAUCAAUUCAAUGACUCAACGGUUGAAAUUUUUGAUCAUAAGGAUAUUCCGAAACAAUGUUUUGGUGGACCCGAAUGCAUAACUCAAUGGGAUCCGGCCCAACAAAAAAACGUUUCAAGGAUGUUUUCAAAACAGUACAAUGCUUACAUGCUCUUUUACGAAAGGUGUGAGAAUUCACAGAGCGAUUCAGAUGUCCCACAGAAUAAGAUCACCAAUGUCCCCGUUGACAUCUACAAUUCAGUUUGGGAAGAGAACAUCAAUUUUCUUCAGGACAAAAACAUAUUUGAUCCCGGUUACUUCAACCUUAUGAUGUAUGUUCUUGAUUCUGUCAAGCUAAACGAAAACCCAACCAUUGUUAUAAACGGCGAAGAAAUUGACCUGACCUUGCGCUCAAUUCAACUCGGUACAGAGUUCGUGUUAGGGGUGCUUUCGCGUGCAAAAGAAAACAGUAGUCUGCCAACGUGCAUCGAUAUGCUCAAAUCGCGAUUCCAGUCACAUUUGCCUGCUUGUCAAUGGUUCAUCUCCAGGCUGAUUGGCAAUAAUCCGAACUACUUACAACAAAUUCUAAUGUCCUGCUAUGUACAAGAUGUUAGGGAACAAAUUGUUGAAUUAAUAAUAUUUGUCUUAAGAACUCUUCGUAAUGGUAGCUUGGAAGCUUAUGGGCUGGAAAGGUUCAUGAUCGAUACUUCGGAUAAUUCGGGCUCGUCCAUGAUCGUUGAUUCUACCCAGGCUUACAUGUGUCAUCCCUCUGGGACAAUCGUUCGACUGUGCGAAUCACUUUUUAAUUUAUUCCCCACUGCCUACGCAUAUUGGCGCAACUUCGAACAAUUUUUCUACUUACUUUCAUAUAUUGCCAAUUUCGGUACUCCGGAACGCGAAUACAUGAUCAAACGUGGAUUCAUAGGAGAAUUAGUCAAACUAUUCCUAUUAGAUGAGAUAUCACCAUUGAAAUCGCGUAAAAAAAGAAUGGGUGAUAAAUUUUCGCUGCCACCUUUCCGUUACCUGUUGGUCACGUUACAAACUUUAUUGUUAGGGUGCGAUGUCACGAAUAUAGAAUAUGGUGAUAAUUCGAUGAAUUCAGGAUUGCAAUCUCCCUUGAAAUUAAGGGAUCAUGAGAUUAGGUUGCUAUUUGAACGCAAAGAACCAGAUGAUCAAUUCGUGUUUUUCAUGAAGCAAGUUCGAGACUGUAUUGAUUCGGCGUCAUCUCGAGACAUAUUUCAACAUUUUGCAAUUCACAGUAAAGAAAUGUCCGAAGAACUGAUAAAGCAGCUUAUUCGCGCAGCCGACACGUAUACAGCAGACCACGUAAGGCCACAUUUGGAAAUUCUCUAUUCUAUGGCACAGAUACAAGAUCUUUACACAAACGAGAGGAUUGCGUUCACUAUUCGAGAGGUAUUGCAGCUUGCAAAGGCCAACAGUCCCAAUGCCCCACAAGUUAGUUCAGAAUGCCUCGGGUUGAUUGAGGCUCUGUGUAGCUCAUCCAUCGGAGUUUAUGUCCAACAAUUACUCUUGGAUUACCUGCAAGACUGGUUUCCGGAUUACCUUCUCAGUCCAUAUGAAACUAUUCGACAACGUGCAGAGAGUCUCUUUGGUAUCUUGGUAUUGCGGAAAGUGGACGAAGCUCAAGGCGAGCAGGCGUUGAUCGAAGCCACAAUAAACAUGCGAAAACAAUAUUCGAUUCUACUACGGUACAUUGAUAAUAUCGAUCAAUGCUGGAGAACAACGUAUAAUCGACGAGGAGCUGAACCUUUCGGAUGGAGGCUCAGCAAUUACUUUAGGGUCUUGACGAAAUGCGUGAGAUCUCCGAAAGAAAAGGAAAUGUUCCAAUCAUACUAUGAAAAAUUUGGCUCUACAUUCAUAAAUAUAGAUACUGUCAGGACCGAUUGCGAUUUUGACAAAAAAGAAAUUAUUACAUUCUGGCACAAGGUGUGUGAAGAUUAUCCGGAUAACGUUCGAGCGUUCAUUUCCAAUGUUGAAUUAGUAUCCCACCUUCACAUGUAUUAUGUCAGCAUUAGCCACGCGACGGAGAAUAUCGCCUAUAAUCAGUCAACGCUUCCAAAAUAUUACGGUUUGAUAUUGAUGGGAUGCCGAAUUUCACCAGAGUAUCAUCAGAAAUGGAUGGAAGCCCAAAAUUUCUCCUGGGCUCUCAACAGCAUGAUAUUCGGAGAAUUCUACGAAGAUCAUAAAACUGAUGAACUACUUGAGCUCUUAAGAAUCAGUGCAGACGCGUCACCCGGUUUUCGAAUGAAAACCUGGGAUCAAAUAAUAACAUCAUUGGCUAAUUCUGCUCCUUUGGCUCGUAAGAUCCAAUACAUGAUAAGACUUUAUCAAUACUUGAACCGCGAUUCUAUCGAAGACGCUCAAUCGUUUUGCAAAAGUUACGGGUUUGAUUUUAUGCCCCAGUACAUUAAUGUCGUCAAUGCCGUUAAAGACAAACAUCCUGAUGAUGAGACGAUGCGUAAAUGUUUAGAUGUGAUGCAUAAUUAUUUAAAUAUCAUCUUGUUAUAUCCAUCGGAUGAAGUUUUUCAGAGUUAUUUCAAAUCGUGGAAGACAUGGAAUGAAUUUGUAACCAUUCUUGUGUCAUUUUUACAUCCAAAUGUUGAACACGAGUUUUAUGUAAAAGCCACAGAGAUUCUAUGCGCAUUGCUCAAGCUGGAAUACAUGGAGAAUAUUGCUACCGGACUACUACAAUUAUUUAUCGACAAACAUUCACAAUGGCAACAUAAUAUGUCUGCGAUUACGCAAGAAGAUUUAGCAUUGAAAUUUGGCGGAACUCGUUCGACCUUCUAUCAACUCAAUUUACUUGGCGAAGAAUCUGAAAAUGCCAGUAUUUCUACCCAGUUAUCCGGUCCUUCGGUCCAUGUUUACAGGCCUUUCAUAUCGAAGUUACAAAAUGAAGAAAUAUUGCGACUGCAAGAAAAACUGUACGAACCUUACUUAAGGAUCGUGGAACAAAUCGCCGUUUCUAAUAUGAAAUUGGGAAAAUAUGAUAAAGUGGUGCAACUCUGCUCGUUGAUUGUUUUCGAAAUGAUGGAUAUUGAUGUCGAUCGAAUAUUCGAUAUAUUAUUAGGAAUCUACGAGAAGUUUUCUUCCAAUGGCCUAGUCAAAAAUGCCUAUGGACACAUUUACUUCGUAACGUUGAUAGAGCGAAUGUUAAACUCCGAUUCACAAAUCUUACUCAACAUGCUACCUGAAAAAUUAAGCGUGCUCAAAUCAUUGAUUGGUCUUGUCAAAGAAAAGAAACCGGAUGUUAUUCAACCAAUAGUCUCAAAGCACGUUCAACAACUUGCUACAAAUGUUAAAGUGUUGAAGGAAAAAAUUGAGUCGAACGAUUUAACCUCGAUUAAUGUCAUGAUCCAAGAACUCUUGAUGAUCUUGCAAGUAUUUGCAGUUAUUAUAUCAAAAAAUGACCUUCCGGUAGAUGAUUCUCUCACUCAGGCUUACUCGGAGAGUUUAAGAUAUCUCUCCACGGAUUCAGUUAGAAAUUUGAUUAAACAGUUUGAUGAGUUGGCAACCAUUUCCAAUAAGAUGUAUUCACUUCUUGGCGAACUGUCAUCUCAACAAGGUAUUGAUAUGGAAGACAAUGGUGAAAUAGACAUGCGUCGAAAUGAUAGCGUUGAUAAUGAUGAUAAUUUUAUGUCAAUGCGUGUUCAGGAAUAA